AUGCUGCGAAGAAUAAUCGACGUUAAGAAUUCCCUAACGACAGUUAUCACUCUGAAUUAUCCGGAUCUUCCAAAUCUGACUGCAGAGGACAUUGCAAGUGUAACACAAGCCUGUGACCUGUUGAAAGUUUUCAAAGACUGCACUAAGGAAAUGUCAAGUGAAAAUGUUGUCACUGCUUCUAAAGUUAUACUCCUUAGUCGCUCGUUGAAAAAGUGGUGUUGCAAGUUUGUAAAUAACACUGAAAUUCAUGUAGACGUGCAACAGAUGGCCGAAAAGUUAGCUGAAGACCUAAAACGACGAUUUCGAAAUAUAGAGAAAAAUUCCAUUAUCGCAGAAGCAACUUCAUUGGAUCCCCGGUUCAAAUUACAUGGUUUUUCUCAUAAAAAUUCUACUCAGAAGGUGAAAUUAACCCUGAUGAGGCACUGUGACGAACACAUCCAUGCAACUGCAGCAAUCUCUGUUCCAACCACUGAAUGUACUUCUAGUCUCUGGCUCGAAUUUGAUGAAGUGUUUUCCAGGCCGCAGAGGAAUCCACACCCGAGAGCUGGUACAAUAGUGGAAGUGGACAAAUAUUUACAGGAGCCCCUGCUACAGAGGCAAAGCAGUCCACUUCGGUGGUGGUCUGAACGGCUGUCAGUAUACCCCUCGCUCUUUGUACAUGUAAAAAUACAACUGUGCAUUGUUGCAACCUGCACGCCGUGUGAAAGAGGGUUCUCGAAGGCAGGACACCUUACAACUGACAGAAGAAAUAGCCUGACAGGAAAAAAAAAUGGAACAAAUCAUGUAUUUAAACGGAAAUUCUGA